CCUUAUAAAAUAGAUAUUUUCCCAAGAAGGUGGAGAUGCUGGAUUUCUUUAUGAUUAAAGAUGCAGUUUCUAACAAUGGUGUCAGCUGUGAUGCAUGUUUAAAAGGAAAUUUUCGAGGUCGCCGAUACAAGUGUUUAAUUUGCUACGAUUACGAUCUGUGUGCAACUUGUUAUGAAAGUGGUGCAACGACGACAAGGCAUACAACUGACCAUCCAAUGCAGUGCAUACUAACAAGAGUAGAUUUUGAUUUGUACUAUGGUGGAGAAGCUUUCUCUGUAGAGCAGCCACAGUCUUUUACUUGUCCUUAUUGUGGGAAAAUGGGUUAUACGGAAACAUCUCUUCAAGAACAUGUUACUUCUGAGCAUGCAGAAACAUCAACAGAAGUGAUUUGUCCAAUAUGUGCAGCAUUACCUGGAGGGGAUCCAAAUCAUGUCACAGAUGACUUUGCAGCUCAUCUUACACUGGAACACAGAGCUCCUAGAGAUUUAGAUGAAUCCAGUGGUGUUCGGCAUGUACGUAGAAUGUUCCACCCAGGCCGGGGUUUGGGAGGCCCCCGUGCACGUAGAUCAAACAUGCACUUUACUACCAGUUCCCCUGGUGGGCUUUCAUCUUCUCAGAGUUCAUAUUCUCCAAGCAAUAGAGAAGCCAUGGAUCCUAUAGCUGAGCUUUUAUCUCAGCUAUCAGGCGUGAGGCGUUCUGCAGGAGGACAGCUCAGCUCCUCUGGCCCUUCUGCUUCUCAGUUACAGCAGCUGCAGAUGCAACUGCAGUUGGAACGACAACAUGCACAGGCAGCAAGACAACAACUGGAGACUGCUCGCAAUGCAACUAGACGCACCAACACGAUCAGUGUCAACACCACUAUGACACAAUCUACAACAACUAACACAUCUAACACAGAAAACAGUCAGCAGACUAUCCAGAAUUCCCAGUUUCUUCUUACAAGGUUGAAUGAUCCGAAGAUGUCGGAAGCAGAGCGUCAGUCAAUGGAAAGCGAACGGGCAGACUGCAGCCUGUUUGUUCAGGAGCUUCUACUGUCCACUUUGAUGCGGGAAGAAAGUUCUUCCUCAGAUGAGGAUGAGCGGGGGGAGAUUGCAGAUUUUGGUGCUAUGGGCUGUGUAGAUAUUAUGCCUCUAGAUGUUGCUUUAGAAAACCUAAAUUUAAAAGAGAGUAAUAAAGGAAACGAGCCUCCUCCACCUCCUCUUUGAUGACAUCCCACUUUGCAGACAAUGUCCUCUGUGCUGUAUUUGCCAAUGAAAGUGGACAACAACUAUCUUGGGUUUGUUUUGGUGAUUGUAAUUUCAGGUCUGUCACUCUUGUUACAUUGUGUACAUUCAAAAGAAAGAGAGAAAAGAUAUAUAUGAUAAUCAUUUCCACUUAACUAAUUUUUACUUCUAGCAGGUAAAUGUAGGUUGCAGUGCAGAGCAAAAAGCUCUGUGUCCUGUACCUUGACAUGCGAAAGGCUCUCCUAAUACUCCACAUUCAAACUGAAGAGGAAAAAAAUGAAAAAUCUCUAAUGAAGCUGCUGUGUGUAUUUAUGAAUAUUAAUGAAUAAAAACUGCUUGGAUGGUUUACCUUAACUACUGCAUGAUGUUUUUUGCAGCGUGCAUGAGUUUUAGUGACCUUGUCAUUUA